GCGCGAGCAGCCCAAUGACUGUCACUGGACAGCGUGUCGUCACACGUCCUGUAAACUGCUUUAAUUUUAGAGCCGCUUAUUCCAGACUGCUAUUCUAACCGUGAUGAAGCGCUUCAGCGGAUUAAGAGCCGCUUUUCACAUAUUUAGGAGAGACCUCCAUCAUCAGCACUGUGUGGGAAUAAUAGGCGCACCUUUCUCUAAAGGACAGCAGAGGGAUGGUGUGCAGAAGGGACCAGACCUCAUUCGAGCUGCUGGAUUGGUGCAGAAACUUAAAGGGCAAGGUUGUGUUGUGAAGGAUUAUGGGAAUCUGACAUUUGAAGAAGUUCCCAAUGAUGAGCCCAUUGGCAGACUGAAAACUCCGAGAGCAGUCGGCCGAGCCAAUGAGCUGCUCGCAGGAGCUGUGCAGAAGGUCAAAAGCGAUGGCAACACUUGUGUGAUGCUGGGAGGAGAUCACAGCUUGGCGAUUGGUUCGAUCUUUGGUCAUGCCACCUCAAGACAUGAGUUGAGUGUUUUAUGGGUGGACGCACAUGCAGACAUAAAUACACCUUUGACCACGCCAACGGGAAACAUUCAUGGACAGCCGGUGUCUUACCUCAUCCAUGAACUGCAUUCUAAGAUUCCCAUAAUUCCAAAUUUCUCAUGGUUAAAGCCUUGUGUAGCAGCUAAGGACAUUGUCUACAUUGGACUCCGAGAUGUGGACCCAGAAGAACAUUAUAUCCUGAAGUACCUUGGAAUCAAAACGUUCUCCAUGACAGAAGUUGACCGACUAGGAAUAGCAAAAGUUAUGGAGCAGACAUGUGAUCACAUGUUUUCAAAAGUGAAAAAACCUAUCCACCUCAGUUUUGACAUUGAUGCACUGGACCCAUCAGUGUCACCUGCGACAGGCACACCUGUAGCGGGAGGACUGACCUAUAGAGAGGGGAUUUACAUCACUGAACACAUCUGUCAAACAGGGCUUCUCUCUGCUGUAGACAUGGUGGAAGUGAACCCAAAGCAGGGCAAAACAGAGGAUGAAAUUAAAUCAACAGUAAACGCUGCUGUGGAUCUGUUACUGGGCUGCUUCGGACGGGUUCGCGAGGGCUCUCAUGAGCCAGAUUAUAAAAUGCCAAAUCCAUAAAUCACAGUUCUGUUUUGUUUUUGGGUUCUUUUCUAUUAUAUUUACUUAUUCAUCUUUAAGACAAUUAUGUCUUUCUGAAUUUAAAAAGACUAAAUUGUAAUUCACAUUUAUUUUAUUCUUGUAUAAAAAUGAAUUCCAAAGAUAUAUGCAAAUUAUGCCACAGUAUAUUUCUAUAGUGAAUGCAGAAAGUAAAAAACUGUACACAAAGUAUGUGUUUUUUCCAAAAUAAAUAAAUAAAUAAAAAAAGCCAUUGUUGCCAGGUAGAUUAGCAAUGUUUAAUGUAAGAACUAAAACAAGUAAAAAUAUAUUUAACCUUAUAAAGCCUAUAUAUACUUUAUCAUAUUUGAUAUGGAAAUUUCUCUAAAUUGUCUCUAAAUUAUCAACAUGAUCAAAACUUUGCUGAAAAAAAAAACUGUACACAAUCUAGUACAUGCCUUCUGUUGCAAGUAAAAGGCCUUUUACCAUAAUUCUAAAAAUGCUACCUACCCCUCAAACAUAAGCAAGUGCAACAAAUUGUAUAUUUGUAUAUUUGCAAAUUGUACAAAUUUGUAUAAUUUGCUCAGUUUGGGGUUCUGAAUAAAACUGGGAGUAUGAGCUCCUUAUUCUCACUACUUCAUACUAUAUGCAUACAUAAAAGCCUGAUGUAUCAAAUGAUACUGAACAAAAACACAAAAAAGAUUUUUUUUUUUUUUUUUUUUUGUCUAAAGUUAAUCAUUUAUCAGGCUUCACAUGGUUGAAAAAUAAUCAAAAUGUUUUUCCAAAUGUUUUUUCACUGAAUUCACACAAGGGGCAAAACAUAUAUUUAAUAAUUUAUUUUAUUAAGAAUGUUAUUUUUUUUUUAAAAAGUUAUUUUUUCUUUCAAUUACUAUAUUAAUAAUAGUGUCUGACUCAGUAUCUCUGAGUUACCUGUCACCACUGCACAAAAACAAGGGUUUGACAUUUUGCUGGUUAUAUGUGACUGUAUGAAAAAAUCACCAAAUAAAUGUUAUGCACAGCCAAGACUA